AAAAUCCAUUCUAAUUCUGAACACAAAAACCAAAAGAAUCCCUUUCUCCCAUGGAAUUUUCAGGACAGUACUGCACGUUUCCAGAUAUCUUCUUUCUUUUUAAUUUUAACCCUAAACCCAACUUCAUUUCAUUACAUUACUUCAUUUCAUUACAUUACUUCACCAACACUACGAAUUCAGACACCAAGUGUCUUGAUUGUACUGUAGAACAACAUCAACAACAACAAUAACAACAACGACGUUUUUGAUUUAAUGCCUCGCUGUCUUCCAUGUGAUUUUUUUUACUUUCUCUCUGUUAACACUUCAAACAUUCAUCAUCUUACAUUAUAGUAUAAACCCACCACACCCAACUCCCACUUUUCAUUUUGAUUCAUUCAUUUCACUACUCUCACAUACACAAUCUCUAAGUCAGGACAAAACCCACUUUCGUUCCUUCCUUCCCUUUCUCAAAAUCUUAUUUCAGGGCUGACUGAUCUGUUUGUUGCAAACUUCUUUUUUUUUUUUUUUUUUUUUUGGUGGAAUAUGGAUUUGUUGGGCUCUGAGUGUAGCAGUGGGUGCGAGUCUGGUUGGACUCUGUAUUUGGAGCAAUCUUUUCUUUCAAAUGGUGCCUCUCAUCACAUUGUUGCCCAAGAGGGUGGUUUUUGUACUGAGGGAUAUUGGAAACCUAAAGGUACUGAAGAAGAAGACGAAGAGGAGGAGGAGGUUGUUGAGGAUCUUUCUAUGGUUUCUGAUGCAUCUUCUGGGCCUCCACAUUUCAUUGAAGAUGAAGCUUGUUCCCAUGAAGACGAUGCCCAUUUUUCUGAUGUAUCUAAAUCAGCUACAUUGGGGAAGAGAAAGGGGAAGAAGCAGAGAAUUAAAGAAUAUCAAUGUCAGAAGGAACCUUCUUCUUUCCUAGAUGACACUGCUAGUUCUCCUGCUCUCAACUUCACUGCUAAUAAUUUCACCAAUCAAGCUUCAAUGGAAAGCUUCUUGGGGUUAUCUCAAACCAAUCAUUUUGAGGAAAGAUCAGCAUUUACAGAGCAUUUUGGGUUCCUUCAAUCUUCUCUAUCAGGAAAUAGGUUGCAAAAGAACCAAUGGUUUGAAGAGAAACGAGGAAUAGGGAUGAGAUGAUGAGAAGAGAUGAGAUGGGUGUCUUUAUUUUGUUCAUCACUUUUCUUCUGAAGCUGCUAAUCAAUGUAGUUUUGCUGCUGCUCUGAAAUAUUGUGAAAAGUUUGUCAAAUGUAGUGGGAAAUGGAUCUUGAAGAGAUGGGUUUUUGUUUCUUUUUUCUUUUUGUAACUGUCAAUGCAAUGGGAACCAACCUCAGACCAAAAAAGUUGGAAAUGGAAUUUAUUCUUUUGGAAAUUCAAUUUCUUAAUCAAUCAACAGUGUUUCAUUAUUUGCUCAA